GAGUACACAAAGAUCUUCUGUACUUUCCACAGUAUGCAUCCUAUGAAGUGAGCUGUAGCUCACAAGAGCUUAUGCUCAAAUAAAUUGGUUAGUCUCUAAGGUGCCACAAGUACUCCUUUUCUUUUUGCUAAAGGAGAGUGGCAGUACUAGGUGGAUAAUCAAAGACUAUUGUUAGAACUAACAGGCCUAUAUAGGUAUAUAUGGUCAAAAUUGCCAAAGAGCCUAAAUGACUUUAUAAGCUUAAGCCCCAUUUUCAAAAGGAAUAAACACCCAAAUCCUCAGUUAUUUAGGCACCUAACUUCCAUGAAAUCAGUGGGAGUUAAGCCCUUAAAUACCUUUGAGGAUCCAAGCCUCAAGAACCCAAGUCUCACUGAAAUUUACUUCGGCUCCUAAAUCAUUUUGAUGCUUUUGAAAACUUUACCCAUGGGCCCCAGGAAACAAAAAUGUGUUUAAAGAUAAAUAGGGUUGUUGGGUUUUUUUUUUUUCCUUAUGAUGGUCUUUAAAGUAAAUUUUGACCAAAAGAUAUAGGUUAAAAAUAAAAUUUGUGAAAACAGAACCGAGUUCUAAAAUAGAAAAGUUGCUGAAAUUGCUUUGUCUGCAAAAGCAGAUUAAAACAUAGGCCUGCUUUGAGAAUAAGAACGAUAGAGUGGUAAUAGUUGUGUGUGUCAUAGGUUUGGACCCAUUUUUGUUUUGCUAAUGGUUGGAUGCAUUGAGUGACCGGUUUUAAUUCUUUUUUAAUUUUUGUAUUGGACUUUCCAUUAAAGCUAGUGAGACGAUAUCUCCUUUGGACUUGUGACCAGCAAACACUCUUGCUAGCUGCCCCAAAAACAGUGUCUCUGUCUGAAAGGCAAUGUGUUUUUUGGAGGACUCCUGGAUCAGCAGUCAGGGUGACCUGCGAAUGUUCUGUGUAUUUAGAAUUGCUUAGUCAUGGGGGACCCUUUUAGGAGUUAUUGUUUGCUGAAUUGGGGCGUUUUCUACAAAUGAACUAAUUGACACUCGAUUGGACUAAGUCAAAUCACUUGUGAACCUGAUUUGCUCAUGGUUUGAAGAUAGGCACAGUAGGGGCGGAGCAAGGGAAAUUCAUAUCCAUUGUGGAUAAAAGCAGAGAUCUUUGCCACUAGCUUCCCACCCGAGGAAAGGCUGAGGUUCCAGAAUCUGAGAGACUGAUCACCUUGCAGAGAAGAAACCUCGAUAUCCCGACGUUGGCUAUUCCAGUCUCUGACUGGGCUUUUGCUCUGAUCUGCUGAGCCUGUUGACAAAAAAGCAGCCAGCAGACCACCACCUGGUUCCUCUCUUCAGCUCCUGCUGGUGGUACAGGAUGGUGAGAGCCAAGUCUUGGACGCUGAGAAAGCAUUUUGAGGGCUUCCCCAAAACAAGUGACUUUGAGCUGAAAGAGGUAGAGCUGCCAAAGCUAAAGGAUGGAGAUGUGCUGUUUGAAGCUGUGUUUCUCAGUGUUGAUCCUUACAUGAGACCUUAUAGUGGGAGAAUCAUGAAAGAGGGAGACAUCAUGAUAGGCAGUCAAGUGGCUAGAGUUGUGGAAAGCAAGAAUCCCACCUACCCAGUAGGGACCUAUGUUGUGGCUAAUUCAGGCUGGAAAACUCACUUCAUCUCUGAUGGGAAAGAUCUACAGCUGCUUCCUCCUUGGCCGGAAAAGAUUCCCAGAUCUUUGGCUCUUGGGACAAUUGGCAUGCCAGGCCUCACUGCAUACUUCGGCCUAUUUGAGAUCUGCAAGAUAAGAGCAGGAGACACGGUGCUGGUUACUGCAGCAGCUGGCGCUGUGGGUUCAGUGGUGGGGCAGAUUGCUAAAAUCGGAGGUUGUAAAGUGGUUGGCUGCGCUGGCUCAGAUAAAAAGGUUGCUUAUCUGAAACAGAUUGGCUUUGAUGAAGCCUUUAACUAUAAGGCUGUAGGAUCCUUGGAAGAAGCACUGAGAAAGGCCUCACCCGCUGGCUACGACUGCUACUUUGAUAAUGUGGGUGGAGAGUUUUCAAGUAUUGUUCUGAAUCAAAUGAAGAAAUUUGGCCGGAUUGCUGUGUGCGGAGCCAUCUCUGGAUACAAUGACACAGUGCCCCAGAAAGGACCUUAUGUUCAGAUUCCAAUGAUCUUCAAGGAGCUUUACAUGGAAGGAUUUCUUGUCUCUCGGUGGAAUCACAAGCGUGAUGAGGCCCUGAAGAUACUGUUAAGAUGGGUUGUUGAGGGGAAAAUUAAGUGUGAAGAACAUGUUACUGAAGGAUUUGAAAAAAUGCCAGCAGCUUUCAUGGGAAUGUUAAAGGGAGAAAACCUUGGAAAAGCAGUAGUAAAAGUGUAAAGGGCAUGUGGUUUGUUCCAUGAGGAAAGCCAUACCAAUAAAUAGCUUGUCUAUCUUGUCACCAAAUGUUCAGCCAUAAUUCACUAAAUACUUUAGCCCAUUAAAAAUUGUUCAAAUUAGACAAGUCUUCAACUGGCUUCUUCAAAUACAAUGCUACAAAUUGUUGCUCCUGCAGUUAUGCAAUUAAUCCACUUUAUCAGUCCUCAUUGAUACAUGUGAUUCUGAGGCUUAAAGAAUGCACUACUCUACUAAUUUAUGGGCAUUUUGAAAAUUGCCAGCCAGGUAAACUUUCAGUGCUGCUAUAUGGCUUUAUACUGAGGAUCUGACUUUUUUAAAAUGCAGGUAAUCUUAAGUGAGCUGCUUGACAGCCUGAUGUGAACUAAGGUCCAUGCAGAGAGCAGAAGUCAACUGCAAUCUUUUAAAUACUAUCUGCUACAGUUAUUUAAAUAGAUUUGUACUAGAUCCCCUUAAAAUGUAGAUUUUAUUCUGUAGCUAAUAACAUGCUUGUCAGAGUCACAGUAACAUAUAGCCCAGGAGUAAUCUGAUGAAGUAGUUUAGAGCUGUUCUAAUACUGUAUUGUCAUGCAAAGAAAGAUCACCCAUUAAAUGGUCAAAUAUUCAACUAGUGUUAAUCUUAUUGAUAAAGAAAAUUGUUCUUAUCUUGACAAUAAACUGACUACAUGGAGUGGCAA